AUGGCCCUGAUUGGACAUGCUUGGCUGACACCGUCACACAACAGACCUGUGACCGCGGCUUGUUGCGCCGCCAGCGAUGCCAUUGCCCGCACGUCCCUCGCCAUCAACCAAUUUGUGCGAGAAGUGCGCGAGGCUCGGCCCGAGUUUGACGGCAUCUCUGCGGAACUACACUCCCUUGAUGGUGUCUUGGAUCUUCUCGGCUACGACGCAGCGCACAUCCCCUUCGCAAUAGCUGUGAGCACGCCGACGGUACUGGGAACUUGCGUCACGCUCAUUACCGAACUCGAGGGCUGCGUCUCCCUCCUGAACCAGGCAGAUGGGGGGAGAGCGGAAAAGAAAUCUCGAUGGCAGGCCAGCCGCGGGCAUAUUGAAAAGCUCCGGUGGACGUUAAGCGAGUACAAGCUAGUCCUUGGGUUAGCCACUGAUUUUGUUGGCGUGAUGAAAGCACAAACUAGCGAACAAGGCGACCGGGGAUUGUUAGAUGAACACCAAUUGGACCCACCGAGUGGCGCGGAUGUCGACGACAACGAACUGGCCGUCGUAUCCUCUCAAAUUCACCAGGCAGCCCGGGAUUUGGAACGGGGGCGGCAACAAAGCGUUGCCCUCGCGAGACUCGGGCAAUACUUGGGCAUCCUUCAGGCCGAGGCACAGAUGAGCAGCCCCCCGCCCAAGCCACAAAGCUUCCGCCGGCCUCAUCGCUCCUCAUCGAUGGGCGGUCCCCCGGACAGCGCUAUCGAUGUCAGUUACGACGACAGAGACGACAGGGAAAGUGCUUUUCUAUCUCUUUCAAAGCUAGAGAUCCCACCCUCGUCAGCAUCCAUCAACAGCGCGGAAGAUACCCGGGCCGCCGACCUAGAUGAUUUCGUUGGUGAGCUCAACGAAAUGCCCAUUGCUACACCCCCAUUGCCAGCCCGGUCAGCCUCCAGGAUGAGCUCGAGAACUGGCGGCAGUAGAAGGCGCCCUUCUGCGGUCGAUGGUCAGUCGCCUCGGGUAACCUCACCAACGUCACCGAGUUGGCAAUAUCCCGCUUCUACUUCCCCCUUCGCUUGGGACUCCAGGGGGUCCGGUCCCCAUGAUCGAUACUUUACCCCAGUGACCGAGCUCCCAGAGCCGAGUGAUGAUAGCGGUAGUUCGGUUUCAGCCCCUUCUCUGAGCAGCCGGUCCCACAGCCGUCGCAGCAGUAUAAUCGGCCAGACGCUCCAUUCCAUCUGGGAGCACCCUCGGGCGGACGUCCCCACACCAACCAGCCGGCCAACUACCGCUUCAGGUCGCGACACACCCCAGAUCGAUCAAGCCAACUUACUUCGACGUGGCAGCUCCAAACUCACCACGACUUUCCGGGGCUUUGGGUUCAAACGGUCGGCUCUCAACACCGUGGCCGACGAGGCAAAGAGUGAUGCAACCGGUGUUUUUGGAACGCCGCUAGCAAAGAGCAUUCAGGUUGCAAAGGGGAUUGCUAGUGCUCGCCACGGGUCCGGGGAAGGCUCAUCGCGUGGUACUCGUGAAUACCCACUGAGUGUGCUACGGUGUGUUUACUACAUCCGGGACUGCGGCGUCCAAACCCCGCGUCUGUUUGGUCUGGAAGGUGACUCAGCCCGCGUCGAGCAACUCAAAUCCAUUUUCAGUGCUCCAAGCACGAGCUAUGGAAAGGACCUGGAUUGGGCGCACUUCACCGUACACGACGCCGCCGACUUGAUUCUACUAUUCCUCACCGAGCUCCCCCAACCCGUCGUGUCCGAGUCAGUCGCAAAACGGUGGAUCUCCAUGUCCCGACAAGCGACCAUUCGCAGCGCUCGGUUAGACCAGGGACUCGAUUUCUGGGAGGAGGCCAUGAUGGGCAUCCGCGGCCCAGGUCGGAGUCUGUUCAAGUUGCUCCUUGGUUUGUGGGGCGACGUGGCCGAGGCCGCGAGCACCAACGAAAUGACGGCAGAACGUAUCGCAGCGCGGGUGGUCAAGCCCCUCAUGCACGCCGAAUCGAGUCGUCGUUAUACCGACUACCUGCUGGGGCUGUCCUUCCUCAUUCGGAAACGCGCCGAAUACAACAUCGCUGCAAACGGUUUAACAAGGAAGAGCAACGCUGCAUUUUAA